AUGCCUGAGAUUCAGACCGAAAGCCCACCCUUCUCGUCCCAGUCUUCAAGAAUCCUGCAUGUCCCACAUACCGAGUCCGCCAGCACGGCAAGCCUCAUCUUGUCUAAGAUCGAUGGCAUCUUCGAGGACAUGGUUCACUGCCUCGCCCACAGUGGCGACAGCAUGUCCAUCCCGUACAAAAGCAGGACCGCACCCCAGCAACCAUGCGGCGCACUAAACUUUCCAGGGAGGACUGUAAAUGAGGCUAUCAAGUUCAGUCAAAUGGUGCGAAUCAUGGAGUUGUCUCGGGAGGCUCUCGCCUCCGGCCGGCUGAUCACCAAGAGAAAUAUAUACUAUCAGAAUCCGGACCUCUUCAAGAAUCAGACGAUCGUUGAUCGCUUGGUGGAUGAUCUUGCCUGUACCCUCGGUGUCAGCCGAAAUGCGCUCAACAUUGCUGCUGCUUCCAAGGGCUUGAUCACAGGUCCCCUAAGUCUUACCACCGUGGGCGGUUCUGUCCUGUCCUAUUCAUUGGGCUACGACAACGACGAUCUCAUCCCCCCCAUCAACACAAUCCAGCAAAUCGACUUCGCUGCGACAAGAUGGAUCUUGGUGGUCGAAAAAGAAGCCACGUUUCGAACACUGGCCGCCUCUGGAUAUUGGCGAAAUUGCAUACACGGUCAAGGUAUCAUUGUCACCGGUAAAGGAUAUGCAGACCUGGCGACGUUGAAGUUUCUAAAUCUCAUACACACCCUACGGCCACUGAUUCCCGUACUGUGCGUUGUCGAUUGCGAUCCACACGGGGUCGACAUCCUACGCACAUACAAAUAUGGCAGCAAAGGGCUGUCCCACGAGGUAGACGUCCGAGUUCCCGGUUUGCAAUGGCUAGGAGUCAAGAUGGACGACAUUUUCCGGCAUGACGACACCACAGCGCCAACUAUAGUGGGAGGAGGUGCGUCAGGCUAUUUUGUGGACAACAACUACUCCAAAAGACGUCACUGGUGUACUAGGCCGCGGAGGCAUCCCAGAGCAGUCGAGUCGCUCAUCAGUCUCACGGCGAACGAUAGGAAAACGGCACAGAGAGUCUUACAGUCUAUAGAGGCACAGGAUGCUGAAAGUGACCACGAGGAGUUGGAGCAGGUGCGGGAGUUGCAGGUUAUGCUUGUGCUCAAUCUGAAGGCGGAGAUUCAGGCCAUCGACGACAUGGGUGAUCUGUCAAGCUGGCUAAACACGAAGAUGGAGGCCGCCUGA